UUCUGCACUAUUCCUGCUGUGUUCAGGGGAACCGAGUCAUGAACGGUGCGUGUGCACCACAAAGAAUUCACUCCUCGCUUAAGUGGCCACUGCAUGCUUCUGUCCACGAGUCACGCCGCAUUCACGAAAGCUUGUGCCGCUCGUGUGUGUCUCUUGCUCGUCCUCACGUUCGAGUUAGGCGAGGCUUCUCAAAGUUGUUGAUGUCCGACCACACUGGUGAACACUCCUCAUUUAGAGCAGCUAAGCUGCAGAAAGACCGCCUAAAAAGCCGAGCGCACAGACGGUAGUGCUCCGACGUGGGUUGUGCACCGGGGUGCGACAAUCAGCUGCCUUCACGUUCUAGUCAGACGUGGCUGCCUGACAUUUGAGCCACACGAGGCGAGCCUAC